AUGCCAGCCUCGCUGGAGGAGGCCAUUCGUGCGAAUCGCCUGCGAUGGCUUGGUCACCUCGCAAGGAUGGACGAUACCAGGUUGCCAAAGCAGAUCCUGUUUGCGGAGGGCACUAACACGCGGCCCCGCCAUGGACCCAAGCGUCGUUGGAGAGAUGUGGCAGCUUCAGACCUGCGUGCGACCGAUAUUGACGAAUGCAGUGUGAACAACGGCAAUUGUGAUGCAAAUGCAAACUGUAGUAACUCAGUUGGUAGCUACUCUUGCACCUGUAGAGUAGGGUAUACCGGUAAUGGCAAGCAGUGUACAGACGUCGACUGCGGACCAGCGCCGAUUACGAACGGUCGAUUCACACCCGCCUCGCCCACGACAUACAACAGCUUGCAAACCCCAAUCUGCAAGUCCGGCUUUGAACUCAAGCCAGCUAACGUCACAUCGAUUGUCUGUUUGAAUAACGGAUCAUGGUCCAACUCUGUUGCGUGCAUAGAUAUUGAUGAAUGCAGUGUGAACAACGGCAAUUGUGAUGCAAAUGCAAACUGUAGUAACUCAGUUGCUAGCUACUCUUGCACCUGUAGAGUAGGGUAUACCGGUGAUGGCAAGCAGUGUACAGACGUGAACGAAUGCAAGGCAACACCAGGUGUGUGCCGUAAGAACUCCGACUGCGUCAACUCCAUUGGCAGCUACGCCUGUCCUUGUUUGCCCGGAUUUGGCUCGGUAAACCAGGAAUGCCAGGAUGUGGAUUACUGCCGCGUCACGCCACCGCCGUGUAUACAGACGGCGGAAUGCCUGGACGGGAUACAGACCUUCACCUGCAGUUGCUCAAAGGGAUACUCUGGCAAUGGAAGCUACUGCGAAGACGUAGACGAAUGCUCGCUGGGCUCGUCGUCGUCGUCAUUGUCGAGAUACCAAUGCCCGGUUAACUCCCACUGUAAUAACUCUGUCGGAGCAUACACUUGUGUGUGUGAUCCGGGAUUCACCAAGAACACCCUUGGCCAGUGUGAAGACGUAGAUGAAUGCCAGGCUGGUGUGUCGGCCGUCUGCGGCGCAAACGCUCUCGCCUGCACGGACACGGUCGGUUCGUUUAGCUGCACGUGCCGCUCGGGAUAUCGCUGGACCGGCAGAGCAUGCGACGACAUUGACGAAUGCCUUGACGGCAGUGCGGUGAGCCGUGACCCGCAGUGCAUUUGCAGUAACAGCGUCGGCUCCUACACGUGUAAAUGUCAGCCCGGUUAUCACCUCAGCACCAAUACCAGCACCAUCACUACAGCCACCAACAGCUCCAGCAGGACUGUGACCGCCGGCCCUGCUGUUGCCAAGUGCAUAGACACAGACGAAUGCCUGACGUACUGUACUGACAGAAGCCUGUCAUGCUUCAACACGGUGGGCAGUUUUUCAUGUCCGUGUGCUGACGGAUAUCAGCAAGUGGGCGGCGCAUGUGUGAAUAUCAACGAGUGUUUACAAUCGCCGUGUUCAAAGAACGCUAUGUGUGCCGAUACCACACCUGGAUUCCUGUGCACCUGUCACACGGGGUACACCGGGAAUGGAAAGGUCUGCGUGACAGACACGAUAACCUGCAGUGCCUUGGAGAGGUAUGACCCGGCAUCGGGCAAGUGCACUGCCUGCACCUGCGACCAGGCCGGCACUCUGUCCUGCGACACAUUCAACGGCUCAUGCAGUUGCCGCGCCAAUGCCCAGGGCGCCGCUUGCGACCAGUGCAUAGCGGGUCACUAUCGCCAGGACGACCAGACCGUGGACCAGUGCGCGUCAUGCGGUUGUCCUGGUGACCGAACAACGUCAUCGGUGUGUGAUCAGAGUACCUCCCAGUGCUACUGCCUGCCGGCGUACGCCGGUUUCCGCUGCGACUCGUGCAACCGUGGCUUCUACAACCGGAGUAACGUGUGCGUUUCGUGCGAGUGCAACGCGCUGGGAUCGGUGGAAACAGCGUGCCAUGCGAGCACGGGACGAUGCCAGUGCAAGCAGGGGUACACCGGAGAGAAGUGCGACCAGUGUGUGGUCGGGUUUUAUCGCCUGACAAAUGGCGCGUGUGCAGAUUGUCAAUGUGUCACAGCCAAUACCUCUCAGCCAGGCUGCAACUCCUCAGGGCAAUGCUAUUGUGACGCAAGCAGUGGAAGGAAGUGUGAUAUCUGUCCCCAUGCCCGUCAGUACCUUACUCAGUCAGGAUGUACAGACGAUACUGACUUUCCGUCCAUCGACCAGAAAGUACCGUUUGGAGCGUCGUCUAGCUAUGAAAUACCUAUCAUACCUAUACCUGUUGGUCAGCAAAGAACACUUCAAUCUAGCGUGCAUGUGCACAAGAACGGCUUCCUAUCGUUCUCCAAGUUUAACGGUCGCUUUGCUGACCCCUCGCAGCUAACGGACGCGACAAAGAUGGUAGCAGCGAUGUGGACAGACUUGGAGGAUAUGCCGUCGGAUGACGAUGUAGCAUCAUCUGUACACUUUAGGCUGUACACGAACGUGUCGGAUAUCAACGCCACUGCUAUUCCGUCGGCCGCUCGCCUUCCAGCACCUGCGGGAUCAGCCGCGUUCGAGCCGACGUAUGCCAUUGUGGUGCAGUGGAAAGGCGUGCGACCAUCCAAAGACUCGGCACACCGUAACAGCUUUCAGGUGUCGAUACUGACGGACGGCUGCGAGUCCCACGCCACGCUCUAUUACCCGCCACAUGCCACCACGUUUGUCGGUACCCAGCCGCAGCUACCCGUGAUCGGCGCCUGGACGGCGCACCGCAACCUGUCGGGUCUCUCGGCAACCGACCUGCUACGAGAACUGAACGCCGGUGCCACCUACACAUUCCCUCUAACUCCGCCAUGUGCCACAUCAUCGCUAAUGGCAACCCCACUGCCACCGUUGCCAUCGGCGACGACGUGCUCCGUGCCGCCGUCGCCGUUCGCGGUCGCCUCUCGCGAAGACGUGCCGUCGUGUCCCUAUGACAACAAGAUGGCCGCCAGCUCGUUCCUGUUCAGCGCCGUCGAUCACCUGGGCAGCGCGCAGUCAAACACCACCGUCUGCUAUCGCACCGCAACUAUCAUGCCGUCUGAUUCGGGUGACACCGACGUACACCUGAUAUGUUGCUAUGACGUAGGUGACGACUCCCUGAUUACGUACGGCCGGUACCAUCUGUACUUGAACAUGUACUCCAACGACUCGGCACAGCUGCAGGUCUGUGCCGACCGUGGUCAGCUGAGCAGGUUCUUCGCAGCGCGUCCGUACCCGUACUUUGCCUCCACGCGCAUCGGCGUGCGCACCCAGCGCCCAGGGCAACGCGUCGGAUCUCUCUAUACACAUGGCGCCAUGUACACCGGCCCCGAGAUGCUGAUGUUCUCCGGCACGAGGACCGAGGUCUUGAACCGCGCCGACUUUCUCGUUGCCGCCGUCAACAGCAGAGUGGCGUCGGUGUCGUUCGCUUUGAAAGUGUACGGACGAACGGGGAUAUCCUCACACGCCGGCAGGGACCUGACCGGCAUUACAUCAUUUGCCAUUGAAGUCGCUGCUAGCCAGGCUGGCAAGACACUUUUCAGACGCAAGGUGGAGUGGAACGGAGCCCGAUUCACGGACGGGAUGGUCUCAUCGCCGCUUGGAAGCGACGUGACACAGAAAAUCAAGUCCAACAUGUACCACUUUGCGUUCAGCUGGCACGGCGAGACCCUCCAGGUCACGGCAGGCAGAGCGGCGGUGAAGCUAAGCCUUUCAAGUCCUCCACACGGGAUGAACGCCAUUGUUCAAGCUGAAACGGCCCCCAGUACUGUUUUCGACGGUCUCCUGGCAUAUGAAUGGAACCAUGGAGUAUUGCCGGUCACAUCCAGGGAACAGCUUUACAACAUCCUCAAAACUUACAUAAACUCGAGUGGGUCAGGUUCCGGUGUGUUUCAACAGUCUCCCGCAAACAACCCAACGAACUUUACGCUGUUGACUGCGGACUACAAUAGUGCCGUGAACGAUGUACAUAGCGGGCGUCUUUGCACCCACAAGGGAUUCGCAUUCACGUGCACAGUCGCAAACUUCUUCUGGAAUUUUACUGGAGCCGCCAGUCAACGUUUCGCUGAGGACCAGGUGACAACGUGGCGCAUUCUCAGUAAGGCUGCAUUGCGUAACAGCUCUACCCAUCUCCCUCCUGCCAUUCACCCAAUCAGGAGUCUCACAUUUAUGAUUUUUUUACGGCGUUGUCCUGGGUCUAAGGGCAUGUUCGUCUGGUAG